UUGGGUUCAAACAUCUCGAUACAUCUCGAUAUAUCUCAAUUCAUAUUUCGUCAAAGCAAUGUUGGCAAAUUUGAUGAUUGCCGGCCUUGCUGUUGCCGCCUCUGUGCUGGCGGAUGAUGGGACCGAGUGCUUGCUUCAGGUGGAUUCUUUGAAAACUACAUCAUCUUUGUCGCACUCCUUUUCUUCGUCAGGAAAACUUAGAGUGUACUACAAUUUGUAUGUGGGCUCAAUCAUCAAUAUGUCGAGAGUUUCUUCGAUCGUUCGCCAACAACUAUUGCAGUUGGACCCACAACGUCACCACCUUCAGAUUGUUUCCAAUGGAGUUGCGAAAGAUCCCUCGGUGUUGGCCAUUGACGACCUGAAAAUUGUGAAAGAUGGUGGUUUUCUUCAUGUACCAGACGGCCAAGAAAAUACAACUCUUCAGGAGCUUUGGUCUUACUGCAGUUUCAACAGUACGCAUCCCUCCGAGGUGGUUGUGUAUUUACAUGCCAAGGGAUCCUACCAUGACAAACCUGCCCAAUCUGCAUGGCGAGAAUACCUUCAAGCCGGUGCUCUUUCAGAGGAGUGCAGGCUGAUGCCCAACACAUGCGACACAUGCGGUUCAAGAAUGUCCCCGCUCCCGUUUGCCCAUUUACCUGGCAAUAUGUGGGCUGCCCGCUGCAGCUAUAUUUCCAAAUUGAUCGAGCCCAAGCUGUUUGAAAGUGCGAUGGAGGUGGUUUUGGAAGAAAGAAACGAUGAGCCAGAUACUUGCCCGCCACCAGGUGGACUGGCAGACAACUGCUACGGAGUGGGAAGGUUUUCAAACGAACACUGGAUCUUGUCACAUCCGGAAGCGCAGCCGUGUGACUUAGAUAGCAGCUCCAAAUAUGAAUGGGGUGAGCCUACAGUGCACCAGUUUCUGAGUAUGAAUGGCUUUGUGCAAAAUGUGAAGAGAGAGCUGCUCCAGCCUGCUCCGCGGAGGGACAUGUCAGCAUAUCAAGAUGUUGCUGCUUGUCGUACCUGUGGUCUGGACGUUUCUGAGCGGUUGAAGGAGUAUAGCAUUUUGUACAGACAAGAACCGCCUGCCACCUGGUGGGGUUGGAAGUUCUUCGAGUCUAAGCUUUGACACUUCAUAUCUGAGACUGGUGCGGCUUGAGGA